AUGUCAAUAGCUAGCUACCCCUCGGGAGCUGUAGCCUCUCGUCCUCUACAAUUACUAGCCGACAAGUGGAUUGAGUCCAUUGCAAGAGAGUGGCCGACGAAGGGAUCGAGCGGGUGCUCUGCUCUGCUCGGCUCUGCUCUGAGCCCUGGAAGAGAGAUGGCUGGUCCUGAACAUCAAUCCUCCAUGGAGUUCGACAGGAGAGCAUCGACCCGCUCCUCUCUGCCUCCCCAGCCACAGUCUAUCCAUUUCAACGAAGACGAUGACGAAGAAGAUUAUGAUCUACAGGCUAUGGGGAUAUCGGAUGGCUUCCGUCCACAGGGUGAUAUGGCAAUGACGGGCCACAAUCGCAGAUCGUCUGGUGCCUCACAAUAUAUACCACCCGGGCGAAGCAGGACUCCUCCGCCACGGCCCUCGAGUACGACCAAGCCUCGUGCACUCGAUAGCUUUGCCCUGCGGCACGAUGGGGGAAUGGCAACCGACCCGAGGAGGAUUUCGAGCGUCGCAUCGAAUGAUUUCAACGCCGCUCCGACAAGAUCAUCCAGUGUGUCAACAGACAUGCCCUACAUGAGGCCCGAGAGCCCUUACCAAGGACCUUCAGGGCCUUCACAUCCAUAUCAAAUGUACCCACAGGAGUCACGCUUAGCGAGGACGGCAAGCAUCGCGACCACUUCGACCGCUGCAAUCAUGGUUCCGGAAAGGCCUUAUAAUGGUCCUGGUGGCCCAACCCAUCCUUACGGAAUGUACCCUCAGAACACCGUCCCAGAAGCAGAAAGCGUGGUGGAUGUAAUGGCACCUGUUCCAGUCGGGUUCCCAGGAUUGAACAGUAAUUAUCAGCGUCGCUUGGGUCCCGAGGGGGAAGAAAUGGCGGAUAUCAUUGGGCCGGACGGUCACACAGAGCAACUGCCUCCCUAUACCAAAUACCCCGAUGAAGCGAUUGCCAGGAAGAUACGCCCGACUGUGGCGAUACCCGUGGACGGUGCUGGCGGAAUGGGAUUGGCAACGCGGAACCCCGAGUUUUCGUCAAGAGAAGAGCUCGAAUCUCCUUCACGCCAAUCUACGCGCAGUGCCAUGUCCGGGCACAGCAACCACCAAGUCAACGUGGCGGCCAUUGGGGCGUCUGAGAAACCAGAAUUGAAUAAAUGGCAGAAGACGGCACGAAAGAAAGUUUGCGGUGUUGUCCCGGUCUGGGUACUUUUACUUAUCGGUAUUGUGUUUGUCGUGUUUGCGAUUAUCCUUGGAACGGUUCUCGCAGUCUUGAAGCCAAAGCAUCCGCCGGGAGGUGGUCCUAAUGGCGAAGGCAGCGGCAAUCCUCCAUCCGGGAAGCGGCCCCUGUAUGACACGACCAUGACUGCCACAUUUGAUGCUACCCCCUUCACUGCUUCCCCGACCGGUAUUCCAGAUCUCCCGACUGGAACCUACGCUCUACCUCUCUCCGCGCCGUCGGCCAUGCAGGAUAGCUGUCUUAGCAACACCGAACAGAGCUCAGCGUGGUCGUGCGAAAUACCGAUGACCUCUCUCAACAUCGCUGUGACGCCAAUCAUCGGCGGAAGUGCACUUGCAAGUUAUGAAGUCAAUUUGAGCCUCGGCAACGACAUAUUCCGAGAAUCCUAUCCCUAUGGCACUCAACCGCCUGUUCUUUCUCAGGACCACGUUCUCAAUCUCAUCACCGAUUCCCAAGCGAGUGACAAAGGUCCAGCUUGGUUCUUCGAGAUGCCGUACAACAAGAUUGUCAUUCUGCCCGAAACUUCUUUUACGGACCCUGCUGUAACACCCAUAGGAAAAAGAAACCAUGAUAAGAGAGGCGAUGAAGAGAGAGGAGAAGGUCGCUCACCUGGUGAUUUUCAGCGCAAAUAUGCCGCUCAGCCAGGGGACAUGCCAUGGUUCUGCUACUGGAAUGGAACACAACUCGAGACUUACAUAUAUGUUAAUCUGACCAGCAGCGCAGGUCAAUCGUCCUCGACCACCAGCGCUUAUGGAUCGUCGCCUACAGAAACCCGCUCGCCACAAGAACUUGGGUAUCUUCCUGCCUACCCUAGAGUUCUGAAAAUUGAAGAGCGCCGAGUCCUGGCUCCCCAUUCAAUCCCACCUUACUGUGUCCAGCACCAAAUAGAUAAGUACGGUGGGGCCCACGUUGCACUCAACAGCACCAACGAACCCAUUGUCGUCUACCUCAGCGAGACCGAAAGCUCCGCUGUCUCCCAAAUGGCAGUCCGUGACCUCCGCACCAGCCACGGAGUCGACCAAAUGGUAAAGAGACAAGAGACGACUAGUGAUUGUGGCUGUGUGUGGUUAUGGACAUGA